CUUUUUCUUCUCGUUUCUGUUUUUGACUUCACCCGCUUUUCUGACGAAGAGGAGAGAGAGGCGCUCUCCAUUUCUCUCUUCUGCCCCCUGCCAUGAGAGGCUCUGGCUUCAACGUCGCUUGCAAGCCUGCGCCUCGCGUCCUUCUUCCUCGUUUCUUCUCCCGUACAUUUCUCGAUCUAUGUCGUUUCCUCGGUGGAUGCCGGUCGACCUUCCUUCAGCUCUCCGGUACGCUUUCAACCGUCGCCAGCAAGACGAAAGAGAAAGGAAAGUCUUGAAUACGUUUUUCCUGCCAUGCAAUUCUCUUGCGAAUCCGGAGGAGAGACGUUUCCCCUCGGCUGGACCUAAUACCCAACAUCUCCUUUUUCUUUUACUGGACUCGCAUGCCGCGCUUUCCUGCAUCUCCAACGCCGGUCAGAACGCUCCACGUCGGUCUACCUGCGGAGCUGUCCCUCUCCCAAGCCCUCGCCAUAUCUCUAUCUCCUCAACCUCUCUCUUCACCUCUCUUCAUUUCUUCUUUCAUUUUUUUCUCCGUUUCAUUCUUGGUAUCGCUCUUUUCACCUCCUCCUUCCUGUUUCUCGUGAUGUCCUCUUCGCAGAUGGUGUCUUGAUGGCUCGGUUCUCUCGACCUGCUCACAGCUUUUCCUUGCUGUCUGCAUGAGCCUCCUUUCGCGGCCGUCUUCCUUGCUGCGCGACUUUGUUUCUUGCUGAAGUUCUCAAGUUUUUCCACUUCUUUGUCUCACGUCGCUGCGCCGUCCGCGGUCGUUCGCUGCGGUGUACAGACACCUACGCGUUUUCUUCUCUCUUCUUCUCGUGGCUGUGCAUCGUUUUCGUUUUAUUUUUCGACGCAGCAACCUGUUUCUCCUCAACCAGCGGGCGAGUCUUCUCUUCUUCUCGUGCUUGGCCUUUUCUCUCUGGCUCCUCGUCUCCACUCGUACGUGUGUCUUCUCUCUUCUUCUUUUUCUCCUUUGUCUCUUGCUCUCCUUUUUCCUUCUUCUCUCCUUCUCCUUCCGCGUCGCUGUCCGUUCUUCUGGUGCCCUCUGCUUGUCUGUCUUUCUCUUUUUGCCUCCUGCUCGUCCCCGUCUCUCUUCGCGUCUCCCUUUUUCUCCCCCGCUCUCCCCGGCGCCUUUCCAUGCUUCUCUCUUCUCCCCUCGCUUCGCGAUGACUCUGCGCCAGGUGCUGCCGGCGCGGCGGACCUCCGAGAGCUCGCCGAGUCGACGCGAAGGCGAGUCUUCUCUCCUGCGCGCCGACCGUUUCUCUCGCGCGACUCUCUGCUCCGACGCUCUCUCUGCUUCGCCUCGCUCCUCCGCCUCGUCGGCCGAGCCGUCUGUCCAGACGGAUGCCUCCGGCAAGGCCGACGAAAGCGUCCAGUCGAAAAGCCGCUCUCACGUCCACCAGAUCCAAGCUGCAGACACUCUGCUCUCGAUUGCCCUCCAGUACGACGUACCUGUCUCCCGCCUCAUGCUCAUCAAUCGACUCUCCUCUACGGACAUCUGGUUCAAAAACGAACUCAUCAUUCCCUGCAAUCGACAGUGCCCGACAGCCGCGGCGCUGACUUCUUCCUCCGCUCCUUCUUCUUCUCCUCCUCCUCCUUCUUCUUCUUCCGGCUCCGCUGUGAAAGGGGCCAACGCCGGUGCGAGGUCCGAGAGGAACGGCGAGCCGGAGAGGCUCUUCCGAGAGCAACUGCCUCCGUGGUCCCCAGAAAGGCGGAGAGCCGGCGUCGGCGGAGACAGAACGGCAGGUGCAGCCAGCGCGAGAAAGGGGGACUCGGGCAAAAGCGGACGAGUCGCUUCGAGCGCAGACGGAGAAGACAACUGGCACGCCUGCAUGCACGCCUGCAUGCGCAUGCAAGUCCCCGACGAUGUGCAAAAAUCUGCGCACACAGCCAUGAUGGUCGAGGCGCUGGUCAGACAGGCAGGCGUCGAUCCGAAGCUCGCGCGAGCUCAACUCGCCUUCCGAAAUGGUGACCCAGACCUCGCGCGCGCCGAUUGCUGUUUGCUGAAGCAGUGGCAAGAUGAGCUGGAUCUGACGCCCGCAGAGAUUCUCGCGUAUCUCUCUGUCAACGACGGCGACGUUUUUCGCGCUCGCAAGGCAAUGGAAGAAGACGUUGCUUGGCACCGUGAGCAGGAGGCGGCGCACAGAGCGACGACUAAGGGCAGGAGUUUCAGUUUUUCUGCGUCUUCGCUGUUUAGCACGAGGUCGCUUUUCUCGCCUGCGUCUGCGCGCUACAUCAGUUUAGAAGACGAAGGCGCUCUGUCGCCAGUCUCCGAAGAAAGAACCAGUGUGAGAGACUCGGCGAUUCUCCCGCGCGUUAUUGGAAGAGUGUCAGCCUCACCCAGCACCGCCAGUACGGCGCUCUUCGCGCCUGAAGAAGAUGAAGAAGAUGUUUCCUUCGCUGCGCCUUUUGCCGCGCCGUCUCUGCGAACGCGCGCCUCGCCUCGACAUGCAGGCACCAGUCUUUCUGCUCGAAUGCGGCUUCGCUUCGGGGGAACGCGACGCGACCCUGUCGACGUGGAAAUGAGGGAACUCUGAAACGAGUGCUCGCUUCGCCUGCCUUCACUGACCUGGCCUGAGAACGCCUACACUGCUCUCUCGCAGAGAUACUGUCAUACAUCUCUACGUGGACAGGCACAUAUAUUCAUAUAUACAUAUAUAUACAAUUUAUAUAUAUAUAUAUAUAUUUAAUAUAUACAUAUAUAUGUAUUCAUGAAUAGGGGUGUUUCACAGUCGCAUGAGCACGCAUGUGCGUGGACAGGGCACUCGGGAGAAGCAGAACGCAGAGAGGGGGACUUCAACAGCUACAAAGCAGAUCUGUACGUUGAGUGAAAGUACAGAACCGACAUCAUCCAGCAUGCAAAUGUACGUGUACAUGCAUACCUAUCUUGGUAUAUAUAUAUAUAUAUAUAUGUGCGCCUGUAGGCGCAUGCAUGUCUAUCUGUGUCCCUAUGUGUCUGCUUUUGUCUCGCCUUCCAGGGUGUGCAUGCGCUUCCGGUCCAUCCCCAGGGGGAACGUGUACGCUUUUUUGAAAAUGUCUUUGUGUGAGUUUCUGUUUUCCUCGCCGAGAGGACUGCAUGCGACAUGUGUGAGUCUCAAGAAAGCCGACAGUGGCCUGUGUCUGUCCGCCCUCUCCGUUGAGAGAAGCGGACAUGAGGAGGCCAGUGCCUUGCUGCUGCUGUUUGUGACGAGCAAUGUCAACGCGUUUGUUCCUUUUUCUCGAGCGUCGAGUUCGCCGAGCUUCUGCAGAACCUCCCUUCUUCUCAGUGUGCAGACCGCCGAAAAACGGACAUACACGCAAAAGUUCGCAUUGAGGUUUUUUUGCAUAUCUGCAUGAUGCAUGUAUACGGGAGGUGAAUAAUUCAUUUGAGUACCUAUUCUUCCUCUUUUCCUAUACCAGGUAGAUCGUGCAACUGCGUAUGCGUGUAUCUUCUCAUAUAUAUAUAUAUAUAUAUAUAUAUAUUCAUAUAUAGGUACAGGAUAUUUGAUGUUUUACCGUAUAAGCGUCGCUUCUGUCGGCAUUUUUUCUGCAAAUAUGGAAGUGUGUGUGAAUGCAUGCGCAUGCAGUGUUUUUCAAGAGCCGACGGUUUGUCCAUGCGGGCGGAAGAAUUGCAUGUGGGGAGGGAAAAAGACGCUGCAUGAGAAAAAUGUCUGUGGACGGCAAAUCCAUCGAACUCAUCGAUGAAAUGCAACAUUAGAUGAUUGGAAAAUAGGCAUGCAGUCUCGACUGUACGCACGGAAAAGAGACCAAUGUUUCGUGCUA